AUGACCAUCUGCCACUUCUUCCUGCAGGGCCGCUGCCGCUUCGGGGAGCGCUGCUGGAAUGAGCACCCACGCGGGGGCGGCGGCGGCGGCGGCGGCGGCGGCGGCGGCGGGGGGCGGUCUCCUGCGCAGCCGCAAUACGCGGCGGCCCCCUCCGGUUGUAGCAGAGGGGGAUGGAGCAACAGUUCUCAGAGAUAUACUAAUGUCAUCCAACCAUCUAAUUUCUCCAAGUCUGCAACUUGGGGGGGCAGCAGAGAUCCAGGGAAAACAUUUUUUGGGUCCUUUGAUUCAGGGGCAUCGAGUAGUGGAAGCAGAAAUUUGGGGUUUUCUCAGACUAGAUUCUCUGCACUGAGCCCUAACCAAGUGGAUGGGCAGAAAGAUGAUGACGAUAAACUGAUUGAAGGAAUAGUAAAAGACAUGGAGGUCUGGGAAUCUUCAGGGCAAUGGAUGUUCUCUGUUUACUCGCCAAUGAAAGAAAAGCCAAAUAUAUCAGGCUUUACAGAUAUUUCACCAGAAGAGUUGAGACUUGAAUAUUCUAACCAUAUAACCAGCAAAAAUUUGCAAAGCUAUCUAAAUUCUAUCCAGCAAUUGGUAAACCUGUGGAAGAACAGACUACUUGAGCUGAGGAACAUAAAUACAGCAACCAAAGGAGCCCUGCUUUCUAAACUGAAGAAUGAAGGGAAUCAAGUGGUUCCCACAUUUGGAUUUCAUAACCAGCAAACCUCAACAUUUGGUUCAGCGGGUUUCCCAGUGAACACUAGCAGCAGUAGCAGUGCUCAGAAUUUUAGUUUUAAGCCAACUUCGGGAUUUAGUGCCGCCCCGUCUGGCAGCAGCACAUCGGUCUUUGGGGCUCAGGGGAUGCCGACUGCUCCAGCCCUGACGGGUGCAUCUUCUAAUUCCGCCAUCACCACCUCUGCUCCCGCUUCCUUUGGAUUUGGGGAACCGGCAGCCGUCUCUGCAGCAUCCUUUUCAUUUAAAAGCCCAGAAGUUUUUAGCUUUGGCUCAGCUGGGUUUUCAGGAUUUCCUGCUUCCCCCCCACUAGCCCCAGCAGGUGCCACAGCCAGCCCUGCCUUUGGGGGUGGUAGCAGUGCUGCUGGAGGCAGUGCCUUUGCCCCCUCCAGCUCAAGCUCUGGUGCCACCUUAUCUGGACUGCCUGCCAGUACCUUUGGGUCUGGUGGCCCCUCACCCUCUCUCCCAGCCUCUGGUGGCAGUAACACAACCGAGCAUUUAUUCACACCCAAAAAUGAACUAACGGCUGAAGAGCUGAAACAGUUUAUGGCCAAGAAGUUCACGUUAGGAAAGGUUCCUCUAAAGCCCCCGCCCGAAGGGCUCUUAAGUGUUUAAAUCCAGGAGAAUAUGCUUGUCAGUGGUCAUUUGCAUGCAUGGUGACGACUUGUUUACAUCUAGGCUCUGCUUAGAAUUUUUUUGGCAUUGAAAUAUUUUCUUUUCCUUGGUUUGUAACUUCGUGUCCUUGGCAAGGCCAUUCGAGUAAAGUGGAACCACAGCAAAUACCAGUCAGUAGCUGGGGGCGUCCCGCCAUGAAACUAUGACUAGGACGGCCGGCCAGGUGUCGCUGGUGCACUGGUGGCUUUGUCCAGAGCCCCACCACAUGCCCCGCGAGCUCACCUGCUGCCCCUUUCACCUCGGCACUCUAACUUUUCGAGAAUGCGCUGUCUUCUGGAACCCAAAGAGAAAUGAUAAGAAUUCAGUGGAGAAGGUAGCCAGCUUACAAAGUGAAUAGAAGAAACUUGGAACUCUCCUUUAUGGAAAGGGGGACAAGAGUUAGUGUUUAAAUAGAACCUGAGAAGUGUUUAUUCCCAGGCAAAAGUAGGCAUUUUCCUUCCCAAAAGUUUAUAGCCUUCAUUUUGCAAAAGAAAAAAAGUUAGAGUCGUCUGGCUGCUAGUUGAAUUAUUUUCCGCAUUGCUAUGAUGCCGACCAUUUUGAUAGCAGAGUGAAUGAUUGCCGUCAUCCUGAUCGUCCUUCUCGAUGUCUUCUGGGGACGAGCAUCCCCGUCUGAGAGAUGAAUGAAUAGGGAGAGACGGGAGGGCUGACCUGCCCCGUGAGCUCACGGAGAGUGGAUAAUGGACCCAGCCUGCCUAGGAUUCUGCUUGGGAGCCUUCCCUUAGAAUUGUGGAACACAUUGAAGUCUUCUCUUUGUCCUGAGCCUGGGAGAGUGGGCUAUUGUGCCGUUUAUCUCCUGUGAAGGACUUGAGGCAAAGACCUGCAAUUGCCACUUGACAAAAUACAUUCUAAGUCCUGCAGUGUGGGGGUCUCCCACGCCUGCUUUUUUAAACCUGGAGAGCUCCACUGCCGGCACUGGGAGAGGGCAUUGCUGCAUAGGUUGCUGUCUUUAUUGAGCUGUUUUUUUAAUGAAAAUAAAAACUUUGCCUAGCAA